CCCACCAUCGCAUCAGCCUUGUCGUCACUGUCCAUUGCGUGCCCAGGACAUUCUUCGAAUCUAUUAGACUCGGCUUUAUCUCAUGCUACAGUUCCACCUAUCGACCUAUCUCCCCGUAUACAUCUCCCACACUGCCCCCUCCGGCGACCCGGGCAGCACCUGCGCACAAGAGAAGCCUCCUCCUGUCUCGAGUUCCGCCGGCCGUAGCAAGCCUGUCCUCCCUCGCGGCCCCCCCUCUCUGAUCGACCUUCUCGUAACCUCAAGGCGGGAGACGGCUCCGAAAAGUCGGCCCGACCCCUGGCACACGACGACACCUCUACUACCAGCCGACCACCCCCCUCUGGUUCUCCGAGAUGCCUCCUCUCAACAGCGCUCAGAAGGCGCUCGUUGCGCAGUUUGUUGCAGCUACGGGGGCCAACGAGAAGACUGCACAACGGGUAUGUUCACAUUGCCUCUGCCGGUGUAUAUAUCCCUUCACACAUGUCACCCGUCGCCGAUACCGUCGCCGUUGCCAUUGCCAUCCGACCUUGUUCUAUCCCGAGCCCUUACACCGCCCUGGCGAGAGACCCUUGUGUUCCCGUCGUAGCUGUCGUCUGCACAUCACUCACGGCUCCCACCUCUAUGCCCAGGACCAUGUGCUGAUUUCUUGGAUCCAACAGUUCCUGAAGAAUGCCAACUACCGGUUGGAUCUUGCUGCCGAUACCUAUCUCAGCAGUGGUGGCGGCGUGGAUAGUGGACGUGUCGCGGCCAUCGAGAAGGCGUACGAUGACCUCGUUACGCCCGCUCGGGGCGACACCAAGGAGUCGCUCUCCGCCGAGACCACGCAGGAGUACCUCGAGGCCCUUGGCGUCAACAUGGAGAACGCCGAGCAGUUCGUCGUCAUGGAGCUGGUCCAGUCCCCUAGCAUAGGCGAGAUCACCCGCAACGGCUUCGUCAGCGGCUGGUCUGCUACCGACCUGACCACCUUUGGCAAGACCGCGCAGAAGAACCACGUCCGGCGCCUCAUCAACCAGCUCUCCUCCGACCCUGCCCUCUUCAAGAAGGUCUACCGCCACUCCUUCAUCGCCGGCAAGGAGGCCAGCCAGAAGGCCAUCCCCCUAGAGCACGCCCUCGUCUACUGGCAGCUGCUCUUCGCCCCGCCCGGCCGCCCCUGGCAGUCCGCCAGCCGCGACUGGGCCAAGCUGUGGGAGGCCUUCCUCAACGAGAAGUGGACCCGCUCCGUCAACAAGGACAUGUGGAACAUGACCCUCGAGUUCGCCAACAAGUCCAUCGACGACGAGGACUUGACUUUUUACAGCGAGGAGGACUCGUGGCCCGCCGUCAUCGACGAGUUCGUGACCUGGUACCGCAAGCAGGAACCGUCCGAGGCCAUGGAGGUUAACUAGCUCGGUGGGCCCUGACGAAAUCCUAGCAGCAUGCUACCCACGACUACGCUGGCAUGGGUUUUGGGGGACGUUCAGUAUGGUCACUGGUAUCAUAUUCUCGCGUGGGGUCCUUCCGCCAUUGGGGCGGAAAAAUUACCCGCAAAUGCUCUCGGAUUAGAAGUCAGUCAAGUGAGCAUAAACUUUCAGGGAUGUCAAGUCCGGCAAGAAGGUGGAGAAGAGACUUGAAGAACUCAUUGAGCGACGGCGUAAUAGGUUUCACGGCUUGCGAAGUUGCUUGGUCGUUAUCCAGAAAUACACAGCCGCAUCGCAGAUUAGUGUACCUAGGUACCUUGCCGAAAGGAGCAUUUAUCGGAAAAAGGCAUAUUUCUCGCAGGGCAGAGAGGCCCACGCGCCGUCUGGGGCAGGGACUGACUGGAUGGGGAAUUGGCUGAGCUGGUCUGGCAGACAAAGGUCUCUAUGUACUUCUAGCCCCCCACCAUUUUACAAAGGACCCACCCAGCUCGUAAAUGCCAAAAGAUAUGCCUUAUUAUCACUUCGA